CGCAAGACAAAGCCCUUUCUGCGACAGACGUUUCAAUUGAAGUAUUGUCCUUGUAUUGCUAGGAACCGCGUCCAUCAUCCGUAGACUGUAGCACUAUCGGAGUGUCGGAGAGUCGGCUGAUGGCCCGAACUUCAAGCGACGGGACAUCUAGACUUCGCCGGGUGGCCCGCUUCUUGAAACCAUUACAUACCAUACGAUCUGAUAUUAGUAUCGCUUCCUCCCUAUUCAUCCAUGACUUCGGGAUGCUGGGCCUCUCGUGUAUUAGACUAUCAUGAGUAUGACGUGGCCGGAAGAUAGCCUUCUGCUCCGGCUGCAUGCGGUCCCCGCUACGAAUUUUAUCGCCUUCUCGGCUUCAUAUCUUCGAGCGGCUGGGGUUCUAUUUGCGCUGGCAUGGCUGACCUACCGUGCAUGGCAAGUUUUGCUGAAACCGGCGGAAGAGCUGGUGAACGUCCUGGGACUGGAGGUGCCGCAGACACCCAAUAUCGCCCUCUCGGGUAUCAAAUCCGACGGCGUCAUUCUGCAUUGGAAACCUCCCGAACACAAGAAUAGUUCGGUGUCCUACCAAAUUCACAUAAACGGCGUAAAUUUGGGAAACAUUCCGCAAGGUGGACCAUCGAUUGCCAUUCAUCGGCUUAAAGCCCUACAAUACUACACAAUCCGAGUCGUGGCUGUGAGCUCCAAUGGAUUCCACGCCCCAAGCGGCGUCAUUCGCGUUCGCACGAAACCGUAUUCGGCGACCGACUCCCUCGACGAUAAUUUUGAAGGAGGGGCCGACGGGGAUGGAGAAGCCAGGUCCAAAGAUGGAGAUGAGUCGGUGGUAGUCCGACUAUACAAACCCAUCAUCGAUGCUCCGGUUGCAUCCACUCCUCCACCGAUGACAAGGGAGCAUAGUAGCAGCAUUUCUCAUAUCAGACGUGCAGGUCGGAGGUCGUCACCUGCUGCCCCGGAAUUCAACCAAGACCAAGAGAUUUCCUACGAUGACGGAGAGGAGACCAUCAAGACGUUGACGGAAAAACUCGAGGGACUCCGAAAGCAACUGGAGGAUGAGGAUUUUCGCAUUGCCGAAGAGGAGAAGGAGUCUUUGACCACGAUUCAAAAUUUGUCCGAAGAACGAGACCAGUUGAGAAUGGAGCUCAAAGAAAGAGAUGAUAGCUCAAAAUCCCUCAAGAAAGAACUCAAGGACCUGUCGUAUGCAAACACUCAAGCCCAACAGAGGAAGACGAACCAGGAGAAAUUAUUGCAGCAGAAGCAAAGCCAAAGGACCAAAAUAGUAGAGGAUACGGAACGAUGGCAAGAGGAAAUUACCCGGAUCUUGAAUGCCAUCGAAAAAGACAAAUGCGACAUUGUUGCCCUGCGGAACAACGUUGAAAUCGACCUUCGAGAAUCUCGCGAUCGACAAGCCGAGGAGCAGGCCUCGACCAAAGAACUGGAAGAACGGAUUCACGAACUCGGGAUACAGAUCAAGACGCUGGACGAAGAAAGAACCGAAAAUGCGACCAGCGGGACGCCGGAAGAACCGGCUUUGGUCGAUCCGAAUCCAGCGGAGGAUCAGCAAUGGUUUGAUCGAGUCAAGAGCCUGCAAACUUUAUACAUGUCGGCAUGGAUGAAGAGUCGGGCGGCAGAGGAACACCGAGUCAAGGCGCAACAGCAAUAUGAAUGGCUGACCAACUCCUCUCAAAACUUCGCGCAGCCAUUUAUUCCGUCUACGGCCCCGGACACGUUGAUCGCACGGCGGAACAGCACUCGAGCAAGAAGGGCGAGCAGCCAUGGUUUGUAUCACGAUGCACCAUUCGCGCUUGGGAACAAUUCCUUCAACAAUAGCAUCUCGAGCGUCUCUCCUACAUUCGCAUCGCCGCCAUUCUUCAAUCCGAUCACCGGUCCAUCGCUUCCCUCCGUUGCGAUGCAUCUCGAGCAUCUGCCACCAUCCGAUAUUGACCAAAUCACCUCAGGGGCUCCCAUGAGCCCGGCUGCAGGGGCUCUGCUUCCAUCGGGUCUCCUUGGGGAUGAUAUAGACCAAAGUCGUCCAGGAAGCGGAAGCAACUAUCCAGCGAUCCCCGGUCUAGGCGCACUGCCAGGUCUCGGGGCCCCGGAAACCCUUGAUGUGGACGAUCGUAUGAUGACCGUACCAAGUUCUCCUGGGUCCAUGAAAAGUCGAUCUCCCAGUGUCUUCGCCAGCCCAAAGGAUUCCACGGGCCACCUGCAACAGUACGGAGGUGCCGUGGAUAAUCUCGACGCAGACCGUAGAUCGACCCGUUCUGCGGCGAGUUCCCGUCGAGCAGCAAGUGGACACUUUCCUAGCACGGCCAGUAGUAGCAGAUUCAUGGGUCUUUUCAGCCGGUCGAGAGCCAAAACGAGCGAUCAAUCCGAAGAUGGGCCAGCCUUAGGUUCGUUGAAGGGCUCACAAACCCAGUCCAUGCCACGAGAAGAUCUCACAAAUCCAGAACCCAUUGGAGCGCAACGUCGACGUGGCUCAUUGUCCUCAAGUUGGAUGGGCUCCCUUCAGCAGCCGUUCCGGAGUUCGACCUCAAGACAUGGCCCAUCCUCCUCCGAUGCGUCCGGACCCGACUUUCACCCAGGCUCACCGGAAUCGGGUAAAGAGCCUGCUUCCCGACACCGUACUUUUGGCGUUUUCCGAUCCAAGGCUGAACCUUGGAUGUCGAGCCCUUUGGCUGGAGACGAUGGAAAGCCUCCAUCACCUCGUUCCACCAUCUCAUCGGAAGGCAAGCAUUUACCACGCCCGUCCCUCGAUAGUCGAUCCCGCUUCGGCUGGCCUACGCCGACGGUUGGAUCUCAGGAUGUGUUCAACACCGGACAACGACCUUCUCCGCUCGUAAUGGACUGGGGCAACGGAUUACCUUCCGCGCCUUGGUCGCAACAUCCAUCUCGACGGCCUUCAGCCCAAUAUCCCCCAGGAUCGCUUUUGCAGGAAGAUGAGGCCGAAGGAGGUCUUGGAGCUCAGGUAAUGACGCGAUCACCCACACAAUCAUUCUUAGGUCCCAUCGGAACCCGGCCAUCAUCCCAACCCCACCCCAUUGAUGACCUUCCCCGAAGUACUACAGGCGCUGAAUAUGACUCUGAAAGCAAAUCGGACAUGAAACUCAACCCGACGGCGAAAGACUUCAAGAGUCUGUUCACCCGAGACCGGAAAGGCGAGAAGCCCGAGAAGAGCUCGGAGAAGAGCAAGUCCAAAUCCAAGGACAAGGACAAGGACAAAACCCCCGAUAAACUAUUGCAGAGUACUCCCAGCAUCGUAAUGCCCCGAUCCAUCCAUGAGAUGCACUCGACUGGGUUCCAUGACCCAAUGGAGUCACCCCCCGAGUCUCGCAAAUCCCGCGAUGCCCAUUCGAUAUCAACCGCGGCCGAAUCCGUUGCGGAAUCGUCACAACCACGCGAAUCCUUAGAGCGGACCACUUCCGGGUCCUACUUGGAUGGUGCCCCCCUCACACCUUCGGCAUCCACCUCCGGAAAGGAGUCGUUGAUGCAAAAGCUCUCCCGAAAGAGCAGCUCGGGAAAAUUCUUCCCUGCAUUUGGUAAAGAUAAGAGUGGCCUGUUCUCGAGAGAGAAAAAGUCGUCCGAGAUCGGAACACCAGAUGAAACGGAUGAGGAUGCGAAAAUCUCUCGAGCUACUGUUCCAGAUCUCUCGACCAGUCCCAACCUUUCUGGGACGGUUGGGGGUGGAAGAGCGAGUGGGCUAAGUUGGAGCUCACUUAAGCGGAUUGGAAAGAAAAACGACAAGGCCCCAAGUGUGUCGGAGAGCAUUGCCAGCCAGAGUGAAGUCGGAGACGAUGAAGAAUUUGGCCUCCGUACAGAUGAAUACUAGAUACCAUGGCGUAUACCAUUGCUUAAUGCGAUCAUUCAGGGAUGAAGUCCAAUACAAUUCGUG